CCUCACGCGCGAGCCGACGCGGCGGGCCGCCUCUCCCCUGCCGGGGCCGCGUCCGCGGACUUGAAGAUAGAAGACAUCCAGUCCCUUGCGGGCUACGGGCAAAUUGUCGCAGAGAGCGCGGGACGCCGCCUUUGGAGCAGGGAGGCGCCGCCCGCGGGCCCCGAGCUUCGAACCGACCGAGAGCGGACGGGGGAGGAGGCGCUUCCCCGGAAGGCCGGCGACUCUGAGCCAUCUGAAUCGCCGGCGCGGCUGGGCUCGGGGAGCCCCUCGCCCUCGGCCGGCGGCGCGGAAGACUUGACGGCUUCGCGGGGGAACGAGGAACGGCGCCAUCCGCCGUGCGACGGCGCGACUCGACGCGCGGAGGAGGAGCGUUGGGGGCGACUGGCCACCGGCGACAUCAUCCAACUGAGCGAUGACGAUAACUUCGCGGUGGAGGGAGAUGAGGAUGACGACGACGACGACGAGGACGAGGACGAGGACGAGGACGAAGACGACUUCGUCUGCGUGGAAAACGGCCAUGGGAGCCAAUCGGGCGGCCAGGCAUUUUCUGGCUGGCGCGACUUCCACUCAGAAGGGACGCAUCUUCCGGAAAAUAAGGUUCCGGGAGGCGCGCCGACGUGCGAAGCCUGCGCGGCCCCCCUGCCCGCGGACCCGGCCGCCAACUGCCAUCUUUGCGGCGCCGCGUUCCCGGACGGCGCCGCCGCCGGGGUCUCCCGCUCGCUCGCCCGCGCGGGCGUGCGCCUUUUCUCCUGCGACAUGUGCCACCUGGACUUCUGCAGCCAAAAGAAGCUCCUGCGCCACCAGCGGCGCAGCGGCUCGGCUCGCUACUUGGCUCCGCUCCGCCGAGGCCGCGAGCCGCGGUGUGCCGUGUGCGCCCAAGACCUCAGCAAGGACUUCAAGGCAGUGAGGGAGCACGUCCUGAGUCACGUGUGCCCCCGAAGCCUGAGCUGCGGCGUUUGUCGGCUCCCCCGGCGCUCUCUGUGCUCCCUGCUGUGGCACGCCCUCGCCCACCUGCUGCUGCCCGUUUUCACCUGCCCGCGCUGCGGCCGCUGCUUCGCCGACCGCCCCCUGCUGGAGGCGCACGCGGCCGCGCACGGCCGGGACGCCGGGGACGUCCGGGUGGUCACGGUCGGGGGGGAGAACCUUUCGGGAAGCGAGGAGCUCGACCGCUCGGCGCCGCCCUCCUCCUUCGCCCUCCUGCGCCGCCUCGGCCGGCGCGCGUCCCGGUCCUCCGGAGGGGGCGAAGAGGCGGGAGGGGCUCCCUUCCGCUCGGGCAAGCGGAAGGCCCGGCGGCCUCCGGAUCCCUCGCCCUCGUCUCCCUCGCCGCAGGAGCUCGCGGCUUUCGCUUUCGGCCCGGGGAGCGGAGCGAGCCCCGGCUGGCCGCCGACGUUUUUCCCGGGGCCCGCGCGCGCUCCGGCCGACGGGGGCGCGGGCCGGGACCCGCGCGGGAAGUGGUACCGCUGUCGCUACUGCGGCAAGCGCUUCGCGCACUCGGGGGAGUUCACGUACCACGUGCGCAUCCACACGGGCGAGAAGCCGUACCAGUGCAAGGUGUGCCUGCGCUUCUUCCGAGGCCGCUCCACCAUCAUCUGCCACCUGAAGACGCACGCCGGCGCCCUCAUGUACCGCUGCACCGUCUGCGGCCUCUACCGCUCCACGCUCAAGACGAUGGCGGUGCACGUGGAGCUCCACAAGGACCGUCUGCCGCCCGACUUCAACAUGGAGCACACCUUCAUGUACAACGACCACUCCAAAGAAGCGCCGCCGCCGCCUCUCGCGGACGCCUGAGCGGGCGGGCCCGGCCCGGUUCUUGAUCUCGGAGCGAGCGUCGCGCGUUCAAAGGCUUUGGCGGCAGUCAAAAAGGGGAAUUCCAACAUCCCUUGGAGUCGGGAAGGAAGGCGCCGCCACCCCGAAGGGAUUUUCCGUGGCCAUUUUGAUCGGGGAACGCUCGCCGGCCGAUCCGAGCGCACUCGGCGUUUUGACCGACUCGUCGUUUCCUCCUGGGAUUGGGCCACCUCCAAAAUAAAACAAGUUGUGGACACAAAACGGGCAGAAUGUGCAUCGGAAACACAAAACCGGGUGUCCAAUUCUUUGUUUCCCCCCCCACGAACAACUUGGAUGUGCGCUUCGGGAAAAGGAGCGCCCCUUCUCCAGCGACUUGCUUUCCUUCCCCAGCAGUUAUUCAGGGCGCACGUUUCCUUCCGUGCGCCCCCACUUUGCUGCGUGAUGGUUGGGCGCAGAAUCCGAAUCCGAAUCAUCUUUCUUGGCCAAGUAUGUCGAACACGCAAGGAAUUUGUCUCCGGUACGACACGCUGCAUUCGUGUCGUCAUAAACAAGGACGUGACAAAUCACGAUGG